GUAGAAAACUGGUGCACGAGUUACAGAGGAGGAGCCGUAGCAGAGGUAAAGCCUCCAACUUGAGCUUGAACCUGGAAAAUUCGGAACACUUGCUGAUGAUGUUAUAACUUACAACAAAUACAAGCUACAAUGCAGGCAGCUAGUGUGAAGCAUUUAUCGGAAGCCUGGUGGAAUGAAGCUUGCAAGAAAGUUAAAAAUUCUAUUGUUUUUAUUGACAACUCAACAGCUGAGUGUCUGCAUUGGAGUGGUGGACUGUCCAGAUUGGUUGAAGCUGGUGCAAAGAAUGUUAAAGAGUUUUCGUCUUUUGAGAGUGGAAACCCAGGAGAUAUAAAAGCAGUUUUCAUGAUUAGCAAUGCUGUGAGAGAUGUAACCAGUGCCACUCUAAAGGAUAUCAUUCAGGCUUCCAAAUUUCAAUACUGUGUUGUAAUUACUUCAGCUAAUCCAAAUGUUCAUGCUUAUGCUCGAUAUGGAGGACGAGAAACAGACGAAAGUUUGUUGAUAAGUCAACUUGAGCAGGAUAUACUGACGUGGAUGGGGAACAUGAAUUACACUGUGGAAAUCAUCUACUUGCCACUUGUUAUUGUGCCGUACUCUGAAAAUCUAUUUUUUAUGCCUCCUUUUUCUGAAAUUUACCCCUUAAUGGAAGGAGAUGUUCAGAGAAUAGCAAAAUUACAACAGCAGUGCGGAACCAAGGGGGAAAAGAUGAAACCAGUUGAAUCGUUAGGUGAAGUUGAAUUUCAUCAUUUACCUCGAGAGAUGCGUUUUGCAGUGAGGCAGUUUAUUGUAUGUAUCAAUAGUCUUCUGCAAGGAAUGAAUGCCAGAGAUGAAAUAUAUACCAUUGGCCAUAUGUCACGCAUUAUUGGGACGGAACUUGAUGCAUUUAAUUCUGCCAAACAGAGAAGAAAGACAGCUGCAAACAAGGUGUCUCUGGUGUUUGUGGAUCGUACACUGGACUUGGCUGAUGCUUCUAGCCAUGCAGGUGAAACAUUAAUGGAGAGAAUUUUAUCACUUCUGCCACGUCUUUAUGGUCACAAUUUGGACUCCGCGGUCAAUAUGGCUCCCACUUGCCAUGUUCAUCCGAGUAGUGAGUGGACCUUAGUACCUGGAUGUUUAGCUCCACAAGAAGAAGAAGAACGGGCAACAAAGGUGCUAAGCUCUCUGGUUUUAUCGUCAAAAAAGGAAUCACUUUCUCUAUUAAAUAAAUAUAUUUUAGAAAUUGCUUGUCGUAAAAAUAUUGUUGGAGUGGACAGUGGCAGGGAUACAAGGGUUACACCAGAGAACCUCAAGAAAAAUAUUCAGCAGACCAGCUCUAACAUUGAAGCCUUUAGUGAAAAUGCUGGCUUGAUACAGCAAGGUCUAGGUGUAGUAGAGACACUCUUGGAUCCGAAAUAUGCACACCUAGAUCAACUAUUAAGUAUGGAAAAGCUCUUAUUGCAGUCAAUAGGUAAUCCAGAUGAAACUCCACCAUUUACGCAGAUUUUCCAGUUACUAAAGACAAGGAAAACCAGAGGUGUAACUUUAGACGACAUUUUAGCAAUGAUGGUGUACGUUGUUUCAUUAGGGGGUCCUCAGGUUUUUACUGAAAAGGAUGAAUAUCAACUUACAAAUCUCCUCUCUCAUGCUAUUGUGGAAGAAAAAAAUCUCUCAGAAACCCUUAAGGAACUUGUUGGCGAAGAAGUGGUAGAUGAGGUGUCAGCUUUAAAGGCAGCACAAAACAUCUCAAAGCAACUUCAUGCCAUUGCAGUCGUUAGGGAUAAUUUGAAAGUCUACAGAAAUCUUCACAUACCAGGGGAUACAGUUCAGCCAGCAUCAAGCCAAGGCUUGUUGCAGAAGUUAGUUUAUGACUGUCUCACUGCACCUCAAGCUGAUAUGGUGGAUUUAGAGUACAAAUCAGCAGGCUUUAAGGACUUGAUAAAAACUGGAUUCAGCUUAUUUGUAAAUGUUAGUAAGCCUGUGCCACGUGAUGCCCCAAUGAUGAUUGUGUUUAUUGUUGGAGGAGUCACUCCUGGAGAAGUGCGGGACAUCAAGCAGACUGUAAUUGCUGUCAAUCCUUCCUGUGAGGUUGUUGUUGCAUCAUCUCAUUUUUCAUAUCCCAAAGAUACUAUUUUAAGAGCCCUCCAGCCAAAUCGGUUUUUCAAAGAUACACUAUAGUGUUUAUUGGAUUUUGGAUGUAAAGAUGACAAUAUUUAAAUAUUUAUAUUCUCAGAAAUAUUUCUCAUAAAACUUUAUUUCAUCAAAAUCUGCAUAAGUUAUAGGACUUCUUUUGUAUAUACCUGGUAAUUCAUGUAUUAACUAGGAUUGUUAUAGAUUGUUAUUAGUGUUUUUUUUACACAGAUACAAGUUAGUAUCUUCCCAUAUUUAUUAGUGGUUGUUGUACCAACCUGAACUGUAAUAUGCUGUCAAUGUCAUAAAACAUGUAAGCAAACACAAAUUAUUGCUACAGUUAUGUAUCCGCUGUAGAUUAACUGCAUGAAUGGUCUUGAAAGGACAAGUUGACAAGUGUAAAGCUGAUUUAAAAGUAAUACAGUGCUGUAUCUUGUUUCAGUAGCAGGGAAUGAAAGCAAAAGAUAAUGUAUUUUUCCAUGGGAAUUUGGAGCAUGAAGGGUAGUCUAUCUUAGGUAUCUCGUUUGUGUAUCGUGCUGUAGGCCAGUUGAAAAAAUGUUAAAAAACAAUCAGAGCCUGUAUAUGUAAACAUUGCAGUUGUCUUUGAGGGUAAUUUUGAAACUAUUUAAAAAGUAGAAUUGAAUAAUUUUUUAACAAUUUAAAAGUACAAUCGAGCAGUCCCCAAGACCUUCAUGUAUCAGUUUUAUGAAAAUUGUGAUGUAAAUAUUUUUAUGAAUUUUGAAUCUGGUGUAUCAAAAUAUUUUAAAUAGAAAUACUUUAUUUAAUUGAAUAGACCUUUUGUAAAUUAAUGGGUGAUUUAUUUGACUGAAAUUAAAAUCAUUAUUGCCCUUUUAAA